AUGAGGGAUGACGAAAGAUAUCCUACGGUCGUGGAACCAGGUGCAUACCCCAUACCAGUAUACCCGGAUAUCCCAGAGGUGACAACUCCCCCCGGUCCAGAUAUCCAGGGACACGAUAAACUUUCUGUCCCUGAAAAGGAUACACAUCCUCCAUCUGAUGAAUCCGGUUUGCCGGAAGUGAAAAGAGUGUGUGGCUUCAAAAGCAAAAGAAUUGCCAUCCUCAUCACCGUGGUAGUUGUUACCGGAGCCAUCCUAGGAGGUGUCCUUGGCGGCUUAGCAGCAACCGGACGGCUAGGAAACAAGAAGGCUAGCCUCGAGGCUUCAUCUGCUACCCCAUCAAGCAUAACCAACUCGCCGCGGAAAUCAGGCCCCAUUAACAAGUCCCAGCGCAACAUGGCGGCAUCCAUCUCCUCUGGCGCUGAAGGCUCCGAUGUGCAGAUAUUCUACCAGGCGCUCAACGCAACAUCCAUCUCGUACCGGCGCAUUGUCAACGACAAGGCCAAGCCGGAGCAGAAGGCAAGCCUGAGUAUCGAACCCGCCUGGGGAACGCCCAUGGCCGCCGCGGCGAUCAACGGAUCCAACCAUCUCAGGACACAACUGUUUUAUUUAUCCGUUGACAGCGACAACAGGACCAGUAUCGUCGAGGCCACCUUCGAGUGCGAUGGUGACUCUGAAUCAUUCUCCACUGUGUCAAACACCGUGAUAUCUGGCAGUGUCGACCGAUUUGUCCACCCAGAGACCAAGCUCUCUGCCCUUCGGCUGGAAGAUGACCUCCUCCGAGUCUUCUACCAGCAGAAAGACAAGAGUAUACAAGCCCUCCAUAGGGACGACGAGUCGGGGUGGCAUACCAAGAAAGUCAGGCAGAACGCGCUCCCGGGGACGGCCAUCGCCGCCGUGGCCGCCGAGCGAAAGGCCGUCCAUCUAUUCUAUGUUGGCUUGAUUAGCGCGACGUUGCGGGUUUCCAUCUACGAUGACCAGCUCGGUCCCAAGGGAGCCAGUGCUGAGGUUGACGGCACCCCCGGCUCCGCCUGGCUACCGACAAAUAGUCUGACUGGCAUUCACGUGGCUCGUGAUGAAUCCUUCAGAUGUUACUGGUCUCAGCCGAACAACGGCGAUAUCUAUUCGUACUGGCGCGACGAUUUGAGAUGGAUCGGCAAUCACGAGGACUGCUGGGGCCGUGUUGAAGGUGGCUUUGCUGGAGUUGGCUGGUCUGACCAGGUUCGCCUGUACUACUUUCAGGAUGGUGAGUUGGUCGUCAGUGCACAGAGUGAUAAGACCUGGCAGAUGCCUGCGGUAGUGUGA